AACCAAGACCCUCGUCCUCGAGCUUCUGACUGCCGUCUGCCUCAUUGUCGGUGGUCAUGAGCGUAUUGUUCGCGCCUUCGAGGGUAUCCGUGCGGAAUUGGGCGAGAGUCAUCGUUUCGAGUCGCUCUUCUACUUCUUCCGUAGCCACGAACGUGUGCCCGCGGAGGAGUACAGCAUCGAUUUUGUGGGAGUCACGAUGGAUGGAGUCGAACGCAGUGGCAAAGCCAACACAGCAGAUGGCCGUUGGUUGUUGGUAGCUAUGACGCAAUUCAAGGAUCCGUCUCAGUAUGAAUAUCUGGCGGUGGCGCCCCCCGAGGCUCGAACCCUUGAGGCACGUGUUCAUUAUCUUGCCGGUUUC